AUGUCUAAUCAGGGUGACUGGACUGGUCGCAUGCACGGGCAGCACAGGGUCUGCUGGUUACUGAUCGUUCUCGGGAAUGGUUCGGGUCGUCCCAGGGGGGCCAAGAAGGGGACAGCAGCUGUCCCCGCUCUCAUCCUCCAAGACAACACCUUUUUACCAGAGGGGCGGAUGGUAUUUAAGGGAGACAGGCCUACAAACAAGAUGCUGCGCCAAGAGCGAAUAGCCCACCAUUUCCGGGGGGUAGCACAACAGGAACAGCAAGCAGCGCAGAGGCAAGCACUGCAGGGCCAAGGCUUAGCCAUGCAGCAGAGCAAUGGGUUACCCUGCCAAAGCCCAAGCAUGUUCCCAAAUCAGACACAGGGUUUCCAACAGCCAGGGCCUGUGUCUGGGGGUAUGGGCAACUCCCAGGGUUAUGCCAUGCCAAUGCCCGCCAAUGCUAUGGGCAAUAGCAUGGCCCAUCACCUCCGCGUGCAGAAUCAACAGACGUUGGCUCCUGUUGAUCAAGGUGUCCCCUUGACCGUACACGGGCCUACACCCGUUCUGGCACCUACCGCCGGCACUGGUCACGCUCCCGCAGUUCCCCCUCUCCCCCGGGCAUUUCCUGCUGAAGGCACCAACUUUACCAACAACGACUGGUUGGGUGGCCUUGACCUUAACGAGUCCCUCAGGCUGGCUUGGGUUUCUUGGGCUUCGGCGGAGCAACUUAGAAUGUUGUCCCAUCCAUCCUUCUGGGUCGAGCCCUGA